AUGUCUUCCCAAAUCAGCAACAUCUCGAAACGCCUGCCUCGUGAGCUCCAGCUCAUUGUCGCGAAGCAGCUCAUCCAGCAGGAUUAUGCUGAGAAGAAGACAGUGGCAAGGUACGCCACAGUCAGCAGGGAGUGGCAGACGAUCGUCGAGCAAAUGACCAUGAGAGAGCUCAGAUUCUCCGAAGAUGAUCUGAUCAUGUUCGAAUGUAUCUUCUCGGUCGUCCGCCGCCGCCGAUACCUCCGGUACAUUGCUCUCGAGUUCAUGUUCAUCAACCGAGUCGAGACCCUGGACAAUAGGAACUGGAGCGCUGCGACUCGGGACAAACACCUCGAACGUUUGAUCCUGGAGAUGAAUAGGGAAAAUAUGGACGGCGAAGACUUUACCGCUUUGGACACGAGGCACAUCAACUUCGAGAUGACCAACGCGAUAUAUUGGUUCAUAAACUACACAGACUGCUGGAAAAAAUCCGAGACCUCCCCCCAAGGCAUCUGUCUCGAACUGAUUAUCGAAACGAGAAGCUACUGUCAGGAACUGGGACGCCGAUUCUUGGAGUUGGACUCAGAAGCCCUGGACGACUCACAGGAAACUGCUAUCCAACAGAACUACCGCGCAUUUGUGUACCAGAGCGCCUCCGGGGACUUCAACAGGCAGGCGGAAUGGGACCACUCCUGGGUGGCGGAAUUGAAUGCCCUCGCGAUGCCCGAGCGCUUCGAGUCCUUGUCGGCCGAAUUCAUCACGGGGAUCUCGCUCUCCGUUAACAACGUCCGGCACAUCAGCCCCUACGUGAUCAAUAAGCUGGCCAAAAGACUCCCAUCGGCCGAGUACAUCGACUGGCACUACAAAUCCCGCUUCUGCUCCGAGGAGCAGCACGAUCGGCUCAUGGACGAGCAGAUCACGGCCGUCGAGCAGCUGCCCGCCAACAUCAAGAGCCUCUGCCUCCGCCAGGUUGGACACGGCCAGUUCUGGGGUCCAGAGGGCAGCCAGCAGGUCUACGAGUCGGACAAGCGCGGCGAGUUGGCGGCGGCGCUGGCGGCUCUGGCGGCGCGGCAGCUCGAGAGGUUGUCCGUCACCUGCGCCAUUGACGCGCUGGACUUUUUCAAGCUGGCCGGCCGCAGCACCUCGUGGCCGCUGCUCAAACAUCUGGCCAUGACCACGUCGUGCUUCAACGACGAGGAGCCCGCGUCCUGUGGGCCGACGCGCGCCCAGCAGAUCCAGGCCAUCAUCUCCCGAGCGGGCAUAGCGGCCCUCCGGAUGCCGCAGCUCGACUUUUUCUCUUUGGCCAAUGCGGACCUCGACUGCCGCGUCGGCGUCUUCUUCAGCUUUAAGGUGUACAAGUACGAGCCGCACGAGUUUGAGCCCUCCUAUGCCGUCGUCGAGCUCUUUGCAGACGACCGCAACGAGCACGCCACCAACGAGGUCCUGACCAAGCUUUCCCUGACCAAGUGGGACGAGGUCGCGGCCUCGAGGUGCAUGGAACUUACAUUGAAGGUGGGGCUCGGCAGCGACGCCGAGACGUCAUGGGAGCUGUCCUUGAUGGACGGCAUGGGGAACUGGGGCCGGUUGCAGGAGCCAGUGGUGCGGAAAAGGAGGUGA